AUGGAAUCGAUGCCUAAAUUGUCAGAAAUUCAAAAAGAAUUGCAAUUUUACACUAGAUUCUUCUAAGAAAACAAGCUCUAUAAUUCUAGCAAGUGGACAGGUGAGUUACUAUUGGGAUUGACUCAAGAAGAAGAUUUAUAAUAAUCUUAAUUUGCAAUGCAAUUUAUCCAAAACAAUACAGAUUACAAUUAUCAUUUCAUAAGAGAGUUCGUUCCUGAAUACAAUGAUAUCAUUUUGGUAGCUAGAAAUCUAUUUGAUUUAAGAGAGUUCAAGAAAUGUGCAUCAUUAUUAUAAAAUCUAAUUCAUAAAAAUGAAUCAGCAAUGUUCCUCUAUUAUUACUCUCAAUAUAUGUAUGGAGAGUUGAGAAAGGAGGAAGAAAUGUUUGAGAAUGAAAACUCAAAAACAGCCACAAAUCCAGAGCUUAAAUUAUUGGAAAGGGAAUUAUCAAAACUAUAUAAUCAAAAGCAUUUAAAUUCAUUGAAUCUGUAUUUGUAUGGACUAAUACUAAAGGAUACAAUGCGAUUAAGAGAAGCAAGAGAAGUUUUCAUUUAGGUUUUGCAUUAAUUACCAUGUUUUUGGAGUGUUUGGUUAGAAUUAUGUAAAUUAUUAACAGAAGAAGACACUUUAGACGAAUUACCUAAUCAUUGGAUGAAAUCCUUUUGGAGUUCCAACUUUAAUUUGGAAAAGUUUAAAAAUGCAAAUUGCGUUGAAUAAUUUUAGACAUUACUAUACUACUUUAGAAAUUCAAAUUUUAUAAUAAACUAAAUUGCUAAUGCUUAUUAUAAUAAUCAAGAAUUUGAAUUAUCACUUGAAUGGUUUGAAAGAUUGUUGAGUAUUGAUCCUUACAGAUUUGAGAGUUUAGAUACAUAUUCGAAUAUAUUGUAUAUAAAAGAAAAUUAAGGUGAAUUAGCUAAUUUAGCAUUAUAAUCCUUUACUAAUAACAAGUAUGUACCAGAAACUUGUUGUGUAGUCGGAAAUUAUUAUUCUCUAAUGAAUGAACAUGCUAAGGCAAUUAAUUAUUUCCAAAGAGCACUCAAAUUAGACAAAGAUUGUCUGGCAGCCUGGACUCUGAUGGGACAUGAGUAUUUAGAAAUGAAAAACGUUGCUUCUGCCAUUUAAUCAUAUAGAAAUGCUGUUGAAAUUGAUCCUAAGGAUUUCAGAGCCUGGUAUGGAUUGGGUUAAACAUAUGCUUUAUAAGGAAUGAAUCAAUAUGCUCUGUAUUACUUUAGUAGGGCUGUGAUUAGUAGACCGAAGGAUGCAAGAAUGUGGAAUGCCAUGGCAGAAUGUUAUGACAAGAUGGAUAAGAAAAAUGAAUCAAUGAAGUGUUACGAAAGGGCUAAUCAAUGUAAAGAUAAGGAGGGCAUUGCUAUUCAUCAACUGGCAAAGUUGUAUGAUGCAGUGGGUAAAACAGAGAAGGCUUUGUCAGCCUUUGAGGAGAGUUUGAGGAGGAAAGAUGAGGAAUAAAUAGUCGACAAAGAGUUGUCAGAAUCUUUAGUGUAUUUGGCAAGGGCUUUCUUGAGGAGGGGAGAUAAGGAGAGGGCUAUGCAGAUGGCUAAAAGAUUAUAUGAUUUCAAUGGGCCAGAGAGAGACGAGGCCAAUUUAAUAAUGAGUUAGUUAAAUAAAUGA